UUUGAUAAAAAUUUUGGUUAUCUGUUCAUGUUCGUUACUUUAAAUUUUUUUGUUCGAAUAAGAAUGUCUCAAAAAAUCGACCCAAGAGAAGUUCUGACAUAUUUAAAUGAAUUAGGUUACACCAACAUUAACGCUCAACAAUUAAAAGAUUUUAUCAUCGAUUUAAAAAAGUUAAUAAAAUACGACAUACGAUUCCUAGGGGAACAAUCUUUAAACGCCACUAGAAGUAGCGUGGGUAAAUCGGACUCUUUAAAAGAAGCCAGAUAUUGCAAUGAUGACAACAGUGAUUAUUGCGAAUGUUCUGAGAGCAGCCACAGUGACAAACAUAUUUGUCAGCCAAAGACCCAGGUUAUAGAUGCAAAUAAAGCAAAAGAUGUAGAAGCAAAGGACAAGCAAAUCUCGGUACACAUAUUAAAGAAACAAAAAGCCACUCAUCCUGCACAUUGUAUUCAUGUUAAAGAUAUGCAUAAUGAGUGCAACCCUGAGUUAACAAAAACUGCUGCUAAUAGUGGGACAUCUAGGACUGCAACUUUGUCAUGUGCAUCAAGAGGUUCAAAAUCAGAUUCCAGAUCCAAGGUGGCUUUUAUUCGACCAUCGACUGCAAAAGUUUCCAUUAAUAAGUCAGAUCCAGUAGCUCUGUAUCAUUAUUAUAAGUCGGAGUGGAAGAAAUCCAAAAUUCCUGGGCAAGUUAGUCGUGACGAUUUAAGAUGGGCCAUAAGAACUAAAAUGGCCGGAGGCCCAAAGGUGGAAGUAAAACGGUCCUUAAUCUCUAACAAAAGGUCUAGUUGUUGCAGGUAGCAAUAUCUGACAUUAGGCAUUAGGUAGUCCUUAUGUUCUAAAGUGACAACGCAUAUAUGUAUUGAUUAAUAGAAGUAUCUUGAGACUAACAACUUUACUGUUGCAUUUUGAGUAAAUUAGGUGAUAUUGUAAUUGACAAUAAAAUAUUUAU